AUGAGUGCUCUCACACCCAUUCAUCAAAAACUCCUUUGUGAUAGCCUGCGUGAGACUAGUUCAGGUUGGCAUCUCUGGCGUUGUGUAAAGGCAGGCAUCCUGCCCUUCCUCAGAGGAGCCGCACUGUUCUUCCACCAUCUCACUGGAGUUCCCAUUCCGCCUGAGCUCAAGGCUGUAGGUGCUGGGGAAUUGGGAAGUGCUGUGUGCAUAUGUCUGCCUCCUAACCUGCUCCAGCUCUAUUAUAAUCACCAGGAGCUUCUGGAUCCCCUGCUUCAGAGGUGGUGCUCACAUCCAGGCAUGCAACAAUGUCUCCAGUCACCUGAAACCCUUAAGGUGAUCAUUCUUUGUUCUUAUCUAUAGCCUUCUGAACUUUGCUUUGAAAUGGUGGUUUUAACUCUCACCUGUUCAAUCAGCUUAAAAAAAAACAGUUUUGCCCCGGAGGGCAGGGCAUUUCCUACAAACUGAAACUGACUUUUCACCAAAGAACUGCUGCAUCUCAUCCUUCUGCUACUAAAAGAAAGCAGUUUUUAGUG